GCGUGCAUCCUAGAAAUCAGUGACGUGCCGGAAUUCCCACAGCCACCACGCCCUCCCCGUGGGGUAGGGAAUGGGCGCACCAGGGCGAAGAUGACGCUUGGGUCCCCAUCCUUCAACUUUCAGUUCCUUUCUGAAAAAAAGAUAGAGCUUUCAUUAUUUCACACUAUGCUCAAAUUCACCUCUUUCGCUGCGGCUUCCGCAGUCUGAAGCUAGCAAAGCCUCAGAGAAGAAAGUAGAUGAGACGGACUAGAAAGCUUCUAGCGGAAAGAGUAGGAGCCCACGGAAGAAUGACAGUCAGUGGAGGUGGCAUCGCUCUGCAUCUCCCAGUAAUGCGAGCCCUUUGAGCGCCUCCAGCCCUGCUUGUUACAAGGGGGACAGAAGGAGUUAAAGAUGAAUAGACUUUAAUUCGUGACACAUGUUGAUUGAGCUAUAGGACCUCAGCGCUCUCCCCGCUCUAAGCGAACCGUCAUUUUUCCCACUUGUUGGCAGUAAACUGCCCAACAUUUUUUGGCUUCUGAUUUUUCCGUCUUCUUCAGCAGCGUUUUAUUUUUGAAACGAUGGACCUAACUAAAAUGACCGUGAGCAUCAACAAGGCUAUCAACGCACAGGAGUUAGCCGUCAAAGAGAAGCACGCCAGGACGUGCAUUCUGGGAACACACCACGAGAAGGGCGCCCGCACGUUCUGGAUGGUGGUGAAUCGCCUGCCCCUCUCCAGCAACGCCGUGCUCUGCUGGAAGUUCUGCCACGUCUUCCAUAAGCUGCUCAGGGACGGGCACCCCAACGUUAUAAAGGACUCAAUGCGGAGCAAAGCAAACCUCUGUGACAUGAGCAAGAUAUGGGGUCACCUGGCGGAGCGAUAUGGAAAGCUGUGUAGCGUCUACCUCAAAUUACUCGUCACCAAAUUGGAGUUCCACAUCAAAAAUCCACACUUCCCAGGGAAUCUGCAGAUGAGUGACAGGCAGCUGGAUUAUGUGGGAGAGAAUGACGUCAACAACCUCUUCCAGAUCACAGUCGAGAUGUUUGAUUACCUGGAGUGUGAGCUGAACCUCUUCCUGGGAGUAUUCAGCUCCCUGGACAUGUCCCGCUCCGUGUCGGAGACGGCGGCUGGCCAAUGCCGCUUGGCUCCACUCAUCCAGGUCAUCCUGGACUCCAGCUACUUGUACGACUACAUUGUCAAGCUGCUCUUCAAGCUGCACUGCUGCUUGCCUGCUGACACCCUCCAGGGUCACAGGGAUCGCUUCCAGGAACAGUUCAUCAAGUUGAAGGGUUUCUUCUAUCGCUCAAGCAACCUGCAGUACUUCAAACGGCUGAUCCAGAUCCCCCAGCUGCCUGAGAAACUGCCGAACUUCCUGCGGUCUUCAGCCCUCUCGGACCACAUCAGCCCUGUCGUGCUGAUUCCCAUUGAGCCCCAGUCUCCGGGGAAUGAGCACCUGGUGGACACAGAGGGCCCUGUCACGCUGAGCAUCGGGGAAAGAAAAUAUGAUGACGUCAUGGGUGCCUCUGCCACCAUGGAGCCCAAGGCCUGGCAGGAUGGAACACAGAAGGAGGAUAAGGACCUCCAGAUCAGGCAGCUCACGAGGGACCUGCAGACUCAAAAGGAGAAUCUGACGUCCUUCCGGAUGGAGAGCUCCUGCCUGUGUCAGGACCUGCAAGGCCGCGUCAGGGAGUUGGAGGUGGAGCUGGAGGAGCAGCGAUACCUGAGGCAGCAGGCACUGGGAGAGGAGGAGUUUCUGAGGGUCCAGCUGGAGGACCUGCGGCGACUGCGGAAUGUCACACAAAAGGAGCAGCGGAGCCUCACUGAGAUCGAGAGAAAGGCGCAGGUCAAUGAGCAGCGCUACAGCAAGCUGAGGGAGAAGUACUCUGAAGUGAUGCAGAGCCACGCAGACCUGCUGAGGAAGCAUGCUGAGGUGACUCAGCAGGUGAGCCUGGCAGAGGCGGCCAGGGAUGAGGUAGAGCUGCUUCGGGGGGGGAUGCAGGACACGGCCAGGGCAUCUCGCGGGGACGCUGUGCAGUGGGAGGAGCAGCAGGUCCUGCACAGACAGUUACUGGCUGUGAAGAAGGAGCUGGACUCGUUGAAGGAGAGCAUGGCCUCCUCAGAGCAGCCAAAUUAUGCCCUAAGUUCUAACCUCAAUGCCCUGGAGGCAGAGAGGGCAGAGCUGGCUCAGGUGAUCGGCUGCAGGGAGCAGGAGGUGGUCAGGCUGAAGCUAGAGCUAGAGCAGGCUCAGAGUAGACUGGCUGGAGAGACUAAGGCUGGGAAAGUGACUGCUGAGAGCCUGCAGAACCAGCUUAACCAGAAGGCGAGCAGGGGACAAGCUCUGGAGAGUCAGCUGGCAGCUGCCCGCAAAGCAGCCCUGCAGGGGGUGCUGGGUGAGGCCCAAAUAAUCAUCCAGGACUCCCUGGUCCAGCUGGAGAGCCCAGCACACCACAGCUGCACCUGCUUCACAGACAACCUCUUGUCCAGGUGUCAGGCAGCUCUCGACUGUUUGGACAGGUUGCAGAUCAAUAAGGAUCACUACACAGAACACCAGGCAGAUGUUCUGCAAAUGGUGCAAUCCGUAGUGCAGCUGGGUCACCUGGUUGGAGACAUGAUUGUGCAAGCUGGUGCCCCUGUGGACCAGGGCAGCUCACUGUCUCAGGCUGUGAAGAUAUUUGGCUCCCAGGUUCUGAUAGUGUUAAAGCAGCUCCAGGACCGUGACACCAUGGGAAAUGCAGAUGUCACUGGACUAAAGGUCUCGCUGGAAACGAUCCGGAUCACGGCCAAGAACCCGCACCCCCGUGGACUGGAGCUGAACCAGAGGGAGCUGGCCAAUCUGGUGGAGCAGGAAAUGGCAGCAACCUCCAUCACGGUGGAGAUUGCGACUACCAGGAUUGAGGAAAUGCUCAACAAGACACAGACUGUGGGCAAAGGUAUAAAGAUGGAAGUCAUCAAAAGGAUCUUGGUGUCCUGCACUGAGCUGAUGCUGGCCGUCAAAGCUCUGGUCCUAUCUUCAAAGGAUCUGCACCAGGACAUUGUGAAGAGUGGCAGGGGGGCAGUAUCUGUGAAGGAGUUCUAUGCUAGAAACUCUCGCUGGACUGAAGGCCUCAUCUCAGCCUCCAAGGCGGUGGGCCUGAAUGCUGCCAUGAUGGUGGAUGUCGCUGGCAAGCUGAUCCAGGGCCACAGCAAGAUUGAGGAGCUAAUGGUGUCGUCGCACAAGGUCGCAGCCAGCACUGCACAGCUGCUGGCCGCAUCCAAGGUGAAGGCGGAUAAGGACAGCCCCAACCUGGCACGACUGCAGAACGCUUCCUGCAGGGUCACCCAGGCUGCCGCCAGGGUCCUGGCCUCCGGCAAGUCCGGGAAGUCCCACAUGGAGGAGAUGGAUUCCAUGGACUUCACCAGCUUGACCCUCAUGCAGAUCAAGCGAAAGGAGAUGGAUCUGCAGGUACUGGUCCUGGAGCUGGAGGGGCAGCUGCAGAAGGAGAGGGAGCGGCUUGGCGAGCUGAGGAAGAGGCACUAUGAGCUGGCUGGCGUGGCCGAGGGCUAGGGGGAGCAGGAUAAGCAGGGAAUGGAUUAAGGCCUGUGCUGCCCCAGUGCUGCUCUCUGUGUCAGGAUAUCACGUCUGCUUUGUACCUUCCAGAGACUCUUCCAUUUAAUAAACCUGUGCUCUCACCCCAGCCAAAUGAAAGGAAGCUCUUUAAGAGGCCUGCAGUCUCACAUUUGUUAUGGGAACCUUUUUUUUUCCAAUCAAAUGCAUCUUGAGGUGAAGUGAGACUAAAGUGAUGUCAUGAGAGGACUGCUAUCUCCGCCUGCUGGCCAAUUUGGAAAAUUACAAGUGACCACCUUGCCCUGUUUUUCUGUGGAGUCAAACUGGUGAUCAUACCAACCCCAGGAGUCUUGAAGAACCUUUGACUUCCCAAGAUGCACCUCUGAAUGCAACACAAAUGAAAAAAAGUUUUAUGUGUAUUAUGUGAAGAGUCCUGAAGCAGUGUCAGCCCCUGGUGGGGCUAUAAGUUAGCUUGUGGUGUCCUCCCCUCCCUUCCCCUCUCCACCCUUACCUUCCCCUCCCCUCUCCCAACAUAAAGAACACAAAGGAGAUUCUUCCUCCAUGUUUGAAAAUGGACUGUCAGCAGAUAUUUAAUGGUAGGUGGGGCAGGCCCCCAAAUGUAUCUGUAUGUAGACUCCUGUAUUCUUGGGGCAGGUUCUCAUUCUGAUGGAGCCCGGGUUGAUGGUCUAUGGUCAUUAUGUUGAUCCAGUGUCUGCUGCCCUGAUGAUUAGAGUCCAGCCUCUCGGAUGAAAUGUAAGCAAAGUGCUGCAGUGUAGAGAAGUAACCUCAAACACAAACCUGCAUUUAAAACCAGAUUAAAAAAACAGGUUUGUGUGUA